UAACAUGGACACGCUAUUCAGCAUUGAAGACUACUGAAACGGGAAGACCUAACUAGUGGAGAUGAUCCAUGUUAGAGGAUGGGUUUUUCGAAACUUGUAAUAGGAAUUGUUCUGUUUGUCAUCGAUAUGUGGUGUGCUGUGCUUUCCAAAGAAUAUAGUCGGAUUUUAGAGUUCAAGGAACCAGUACCAAACAAAGCGCUUAACGGGCACUUGAUAAGAGCAGAAAAAGUGGCCGACGAAGGAAGCUGCCGCGUCUUCUGCUAUUUGGAGCCAAAUUGUGUGUCCAUCAAUGUAGGUCCGCAAGAAGAUGGCGGUAGAAUUUGCGAAUUAAACAGUAAAACGGAUGGAAGCUCCUCACUUUCCGCACUGCGGCAAAAGAACCAAUACACUUACUAUGGAAUUGAGAAUCCUUGCCGCAGCAACCCUUGUGCCAGAGAGGGAAAAUUGUGUCAAGCGGGAUUCACUGAGAAAGGCUUCCGAUGUGUUUGCCGCGAAAUGAGCGAAGAGGGACACUGCAAAGACUGUCCUACCGAUUGGAAACCGUAUGGAACCUCUUGUUAUGCUGUAUUCACCACUGAACUUUCUUGGAAAGACGGAGAAGACCACUGUAAUUCAAUGAAUGCACGGCUGGUGAAGAUAACCUCUAAGGAUGAGGCUGCUUUUAUUCGUGAGGAUCUUGGUGUCAACUCUCAAAAUACAGCCUAUUGGAUUGGCCUUCAUGAAAAAGAGUCCAAUGAUGAGUGGAAAUGGUCUGACGGAAGUGAGCUAGAUGAGUUUAUCGACUGGAAUACAGGAGAGCCAAACAUAGGGUCCAUAGCUUGCGCUGUGUUGUUUGAUGGAAAGUGGCGCGACAGAAGUUGCUCAGAUAAAUACAACUUCAUUUGUGAGAAAUGAUUACAACCACGGGAACUACAGUGUUUUCUGUAUUUGUAUGGAUAUGCUUAAAGUACAGUGUGGGAUGCAGCUCGAGACAUAACCCAUAGUCCUCAGUACACCAAUCACUGGCCUAACAUUGAACAUUGGAAGAGUAGUACCGCCGGUUUAACAAUAUCACUUUUAGCUUUAAUUAUUAUCGUGCAUAAAUAAAGGUUCUGUUCUGUUUUCU